AUGUCGGUACCCUAUACUUGGGGGCGUCUGCAAGAGGCAACCUUCCAGAAGUCCACGAACCCUCCUCAAACAAACCCCAGACGGGCUGUGGCGUCCCCAGACCGCUGUGACAGGUGCCGUAAAGCGCGGCCGAACCGGCCGUCGAUGCAAUGCACUGCGUCAACAAGGCAGAUGGUCUCUGUGCACCGCCUUCUACCCGAUGGGCUAGACUCCGUUUUACAACCCCAAAAGGGUAUUCGGGUCUCCAAGGUUGGCUGGAAGAACGAAGGCCCCUCUCUGCAGGGCGAAGGCAUCAACACGGUGGCCCCCGCGGUACAUGCAGUCUACCUCGGUUCUCAGGCACCGACGCCACCAACAGCACCCUUCACGCUGCAAACCAUCUCCGGCCUGACUGCCGGGUUUUCCAGCGACACUGUGUGCUCUGCUCCCGGAACCCCUAAGCUCCCGGCAACCCCGGGGCCCACGGUGAGACCCGAGUAUGUAAAGUACUCACUCAGCGGGGUUAGCGGGGUUAUGAGCGCACGAAAGAAGACGUGGAGUGGUGUAGGGCUUGGUUUGGGCCGGCUACAGUCAGGCAGUGAUCUAUUAAUUACUCUGGUACUUGCCUAUCUUGAUGAGAGUUCAACAACCAACUAA